AUGCAGACAGACAGUCUCCCUACGGCAGAUAUUAACAAGAAAUGCAGUGUCCAGAGCAGCGCUAAGACAGGCUGUUUGAGGCAAUGGAGUCGUCCUCAGAGUCCCAUCACGAGCCCAACAAAACUUUGGCAAGCAGUGAAAGAGCUGGGCCUGGAGGGGAAAGUUACCCACAAGCAGGUCAGCAAGAAGUGGGAGAACCUGAAGAACGCUACAAGGACACUGUCAGUCCUGACCACGAGACCCCCAUGA